ACAAAUCUUCGAAAAUAAUUUUUCUUUCUUUAGUGUUUUAUUCUUGAUUAUAUUAUAUUUGUCUCAUUAUGGCUACGACUCCUCCUACAACCACCGCCGAAGCGCAAAUUUCGCAUGUUAGUGUUAAACCACCUCCAUUUUGGAAACCCAAUCCUACGCUUUGGUUUAUCAGAUUAGAAGCGCAGUUUAAUCUUGCAAAAAUAACUGUUGAAGAAACUAAAUUUAAUCACGUGGUAGCGGCACUAGACGCCGAUGUGUUAACUUCCGUUAGCGAUAUUCUACUUAGUCCACCCCAGGAUCAUCCUUACGCGGCUUUAAAAAAACGCUUAAUUGAUUCUCACUCUGAAAGUGAAUCAUCUCGCAUCCGCACACUAUUGCAAGGGCUUGAACUCAGGGACCAACGUCCUUCGCAGUUACUCGCACGCAUGCGCUCAUUAGCUGGAUCAUCUGUUGGUGAGCCAUUACUUAAAUCGCUCUGGUUGGGCAGACUGCCCCACAACACUCAAUCAAUUCUCGCGGCUUUGAACCAAGAACUUAGCCAGUUGGCUGUUGUUGCCGACAAGAUUCACGAAACGUGCAACCCACAUUCCGUUUACGCAGCAAGCGUCGUUAAGCCCCAAACUACAUGCGAUAUGGAGGCACAAAUAGCACAGCUAUCUAGGCAGCUUAGUGAAUUAACAGCGUUGGUUCAUCGGCAGAAUGAUCCACAAAACCAGCGCAACAAACAUGUUAGAAGGCGGAGCAAUUCCCAAAGAUUCAAACAAUUUAAAGAACCAAUAAAUGGACAGUGUUUUUAUCUCACCAAUUUCGGUAUUAAAGCAAAAAAAAUGCACCCCACCUUGUUCUUUUCCCCACACAUCGGAAAACUAGGUCGGCGAUCGUCCACCGGCCAAAACGGCGACCGCCUUUUGCAACGCGUUAUGUUGGCCGAUUCUUCUUCAAAUAUGACUUUCUGAAUCAACACAGGUGCA